GGACGACCACCUACGCGAUUCAUAUUCAAUUUAAGAUUUUUUUCCACAAGAAACCACGCAUGAUUCAAUUGUAUAUUCAAUCAUGGAACAAUUUUUAUUUAUAAUUUGUAAUUAUAACUUUUAUCAUGGUUUUCGCACGUGUAAAAUAAGGUUCACUAUAAUGUAAAAGUACACAACAUCCUGUAAUUUAAUGAAAGGUCGGCAAUUCUGGGACCUAUAUAAACAUGGCACAUAUAUUUUAGUAAUUUCAGUCAUCAUUACUUCAAAGAGUGCCGAAAAGUUAUCCCGAAAUUUAUAAAUUCCGAUUGUUUUUAAAAGUUUAGUUUCUGUGUAUCAAGUGAAAGUCGUUCUUUACAAUGCAACCCACGCUGCACUUUGUGCUACUUUGUACCAUUGGUGUACUGCAUUUUCAGGAUGGUGUAUUUGCCGCGGAGGAAAAACCGUGCAACGCUGUGGUUGCAGACCUCACCAAGAAACAACUUGGAGGAAUUUCGGCAUGCACAAAGGCUUUGAAGUUCAAGGAUGCAAAGGAAAAGGCUAAGAAAACGACAUGCAUUAUGAAAUGCGUUUUGAAGAAGGAAGCCCUUCUGGACGAGAAAGGACAACUCACGCUUGAACAAUUUGACAAGUUUUUGGCAAAACAUUUCCCCGACAGCAUGACUGAAAAGGCGAAUUCAACCUUCAGACCGUGUGUGGAUGGAGCAUUGAAAGGAAUGGAUGAUACAGAAGAGUUUUGCAAGGAUUACGACCCCAUGAUUAAAUGUCUACUGAGCACUUUCCCCAACAUGUGCAAAACUUGAAAAAUGGGCCCAGCAGCUUUGAAUGGUUUUGACGAUUUUUCGAUUUUGGUAGCUUUUUAUUAUAAUAGACUUAGGUAUUUACUUUACCACUAUGUUUUGGUUAUUUUGUCCAUUAUUCCCUUUUCCGAAAUUAUUAUACUGGUCACUUGUAGUAAAACUUUUAUGAUCCAAGUCAACUUCAACCAACUAUCUAUGUAUAUUCCUCAACUAGAAAUAAAUUGACAUAGGUUUGACAUUGAUCAUCUCAUGAAUCCGUUAAUUGCCUACCAGUGAUAUGUAGGUGCCUUGCUUCCGGUGCUAAUGAGCAAAAAUAUUGCUGGUACUAAAAUUUAAAGACCAUUAUUGACCGUUCGACCAUAGGAAAAAUUACACCUUUAUAGCUUUUUGCUGUUAAUUAAUAAAAUCUGUCAAUGUGUGAUUUAUCAAGUUAUCAAUAAGGCACGAAAUCCUGAAUCUAUAAAAUGUAGAAUGCAAGGUAAGCAAUUUCCUCACAAUUUCGCAGUGAUUCAUCACAAAGUUCGGAAAAUCAUGGCAGUUUUGUCAUCCACAGUUUCAUUUUUGAGCAUUUUGCUCAGCAUUUUAGUCUGUUUGCACCAUGUGGAAUCUGACAAAAGCUGCAAGCAAAUCAUGGCUGACAUGACGAAGAGACAAUUGUCCGGAAUUACUAAAUGUAUUAAGGGGAUGAAGUUUAAAAACGGGAAAGAGAAAGCAGCCAAGAUGAACUGUAUCAUGAAAUGUGCAAUGGAAAAUGAAGGACUGGUAAGUAAAACUGGAGAUAUCUCUCGAGAACAAAUUGACGAAAUUUUGAUACGAGAAUUCCCCUCGUCAUUGCUUGAGAGGGCAAAUGCAACAUUUCAGCCGUGUGUUGAGAAAUAUGCUGGAACAAUGGACGCAAAUCCUGAGACGGAUCCAUUAUGCGCAACCUACGAUCCUGUCAUAAAAUGUUUGAUUUCUGCACUUCCAAAUCUCUGUCCUCCAGCUUAAGAAUCAUUCAAACUGGACACAUUAUUGCUACAUGCAUUUGCACUGAAUAAAAUGACCUGCCACAAUAAUAAAAUUACAAUUUACUAGUUA